CUUCGACAAGUGCACCCAGAACAGUCACGCGUCGCUGUCGGAGUUCUGUUUAGUACAUCGAAUUAUAUUUUAUAUCAUAACUAUUUACAAAUAUAUAUUAAUGGCUGGUUGUCGUCGCGUAUCGCAAUCGUUGUUCCAUUUCUGUCACGCAUUCGCCCUAGCCGUGGCGUUGGCGGUUACCGGAAGCGGCGGGGACGACGUUGGCGGAGGACAGGAUGCCGUCGAUGUACCGCCACUAUGUCCGGGCGACGGGUGCGCCGCGAUCCGGUGUCCUGUCCGCGACCGAGACAUUUGUCCACUGGGCCUAGUGCCGGACGCGUGUGCGUGUUGUCCUAACGGCUUAUGCGGCUUGGGCGAAACAGCCCCGUGCAACGCUGCCGACCGACCGUGCGCUGAAAAUUUGGAGUGCGUCAAAACGGAAGACGUCAACGCCGGAGUGCAGUACCGGUGCGCAUGCAAGGAAACGGAUCCGAUAUGCGGGUCGGACAAUAGGACGUACUCGAAUGCGUGUCAGCUGAACGAGGCGGCCGCGGAGCUCGGCAACAACGGGACGCAACUAUGGAUGCGAUAUAGGGGACCGUGUCAAUCGGCCCCUGUCAUUAGGUCAGCGCCCAAGAACUUAGCUGGUUCCAUCGGACAUACCGUGGUAUUUGAUUGUGAAGUCAAGGGAUAUCCUGUGCCUAGUAUUAACUGGCAAUUUACGAACACAUAUGGAAUCACCAAAUGGUUGCCAGGAGACGAUACGCUGAUAGCGAUACAGACCAGAGGAGGCCCAGACCAUUUUACUGUCACCUCGUGGGUACAAAUCAUGGAAUUCAAACCCGCCGUACACACGGGAAAUUACACAUGUCUAGGCACUAAUUCAGUGGAUAUAACUACGGCUUCGGCCGUGUUGGACGUUCGCAAAAUGGUUUAGAUACGUCUCUAUACAAUAACUUGUAUACUUGUAUACGUGUUUGUAUUUUUAUAAUUUUUUUUUUUUUUACGUGUACUAUAUAGG